GCUGGCUUAACGCAUAUGCAGCAGGUAUAGACGGAUGGCGGUCCCAGAAACAGCGUUGGUAGCCUGGAUUCCCGUUGAGAGAUGCUAAUGGUAUUGUUCGGCACCUUCGAUGUCCGCAAACGAAGCAAUACGUCGUUUCGCUGACGCAAGGAGAAGCAUACUGCAACCGGGCAAUCAACAAGCCGGAGCGAGAACAAUCGUAAGCCCAGCGCCCCAAUGCAACCACAUACCACACAAAAGCAUCCCACUACUUCGCCCCUUACACUCGCGUUCACCGGGUCCGACCUCAACGAUCUUUACACACACACCAAUUCGAUCGUUACCAACAACGGCAAACAUGGCUCUCGGCGUCAGCGCCCCCGAAGACCUCAUUGGCGAGUCCCUCAAAGUCGCCGGCCAAGCCUUCAACGAAACACUCUACUUCCUCCUCGCCGCCCUCGUCGUCGGCUUCGGCGCCUGCUUCGUCGGCUACCUCCUCGUGAAGACCAUCGACCGCGACGCCGCGCCCUUCAUCGCCUGGAGUCCGGAGUGGUUCCAGCCGCUUCCUCUCAUCGCCUCGGGCUUCGUUGGGUUGAGUCUGUUGGUGCAGUUGACGAAUACUUGUAUCCAGUUCUGGAGUGCUCAUGGAGAGAUCAAGCUUGCGAAUGUGGCGCUGACGAAUAUGGUCGCGUCGUUGGGGAUGGAGGGCGCGUUCUUGGUGGUCUUUGGUGGCUUGAAUGUUCUGGCUAUGGUCAUGAAUGGGGCUACUGCCGAUGAGACUAUUAGGGCUCGUCGCAGCGUUAGGAAGGAGUAGGGAGGCUGCUGGGAGAAGGAUGAGGUGGGUGAAGGGCAAUGGAACGUAGGGGUUGGUAAUGGCAACGCUCGACAGAAAUGUUGAGCCUACAAUAAUGAAGUCGAUGCUUGGCCGCACCGCUUAGUUAAUGCCGUUGAUGAUAAUGCUAUGCCGCGCGAACACCGAUGUCUCUUUUCAGAUCCUCAGUCCUUCUGUCGAUAAGUAUCUGGCGUGCUCAACAAAUAGACC